CUCCCAACUUUUAUCGUUGGUUUUGUUUUGUAUCUGUUGCGUUGCUGCUGCUCCUGCGGAUGGGACGAGCAAAGGAAUCAGUCAAACGACAUCAUCGCGGAGAAGAACCAACCCAAAAGUACCCAUUUUUAUCUGUCAACUUUUUUCGCAUCUCACAUCAGCAGCGAAAGGAAAUCGGACUCUCGAACGCUGCACGAGCGAUUGAUUCAACGCAGGAAAGCGGUGCCUUCUCAGCACCUAUUGGAGAGGCUUUGGGUCGAAUAGACUGAACAUUUGAGAAAGGGCGACAUUAAGGAAAAAAAAAAAGAAACAAAAAGAUGGCAUCGCUUAAGGAUUGGGACAUCAUCAAGCUGAACACACUGAUUACGAAUGUGGAUGCGAAACUGUCGGCCAAUACCAAAACCGAUCGGGACUAUCAGAUCCUUUGUCUGGUGCGGAGGAACGAUCAGAUUCUGUUGCGGUACAUUGACGGACAGGGGGAAGUGCAUCUGAUGCUGCUGUGCUGGUUUGCCGAGAAUCAAAAGUGCAUUCAGGAUGUGUGCUUCGAUAACAGCGAGUCGUGGCUGUUAGUUUUUUGUUACGACAACACGUUGCACAUCGUCCCGGCCCGUUCAAUCUGCGACAAAUCGGCUCAGGUAGAACCCACCUUCAACCGAGACGAGAUCACUUCCUUCAUCGUGCCGUUCAUCGGUCCCCACGAGUGUCCAAAUCCGCAAACCUGUCCCAACAACUCGCACAACGCUUCCUCCUCAGCCGCCCAGUCACACCGUUCGUCAAUCGUAUCGGAAGCGAGCACCAAAUCAAGUCUUUCGAGCUCCGAGCUGGGCGCUUGCGCAGCCACAUCCGGUCUCAAACGAUCCGAAUCUAUGCACACAACGCACAAAAUAGAUGAAAUUUUCUCGCUGAACACCAUCUACAAUCAGCUUCAUGGCAUGGAUCAAGCAGCCGCAGCCACGCACGAUCCGAUCACCCCGAUUGCGAUGAAAACAAUCGAAAACUUCUUCGCCGAGAGCAAGGACGAAAAAAUCGGCGCCGUUGGUGGAAUGGACACGAAAGCUUCCACCCCGCAGGAAUGCUUCAGUCACACGAUCAGUUCCAGCAUCGAAUCGACGGUUUCGGUUUCGUGCCCGUAUCCGACGUGCUGCAGUUGGUGGGAAACUUUGUCCAACGAACCCCGAGCGAUUCUCGGAUACUCGGAUGGGUCGAUCUGCGUGGUGGCGUUAACUCCAAACUGCCCUUUUCUGGGUAACACAAAUUGCGAGCGGGGGUCUAUCGACAGGUUGAUCAUCUGUCAGGACAACAGCAUGGAAACGAUCAGUUUGAUGAUCAAUACCUCGACCAAGGAGCAGUGGAAGCUGCUGUUGGAGCAGAAGUCGAUCAAAUACACGUUUCCGGGAGACAUCUCUCCGAGUUCUAGUCAAGAGUUGAAAGCAGAAGUGUUGAAAUCGUUGGGGGAGGGAGAGAAACCGGAUUCAAGGAUAAUGGAUGACUGGCAGAUUGUGCUUUCACUGCCAAAGGAAGAACUGGGGAAUGGUGGAGAACAGGGAGCAGAGAGUAGUGGAGAGAAGGGAUCGAGUCCGAGUGGGUCCGAACCACAGUCCAGUGACGAUUUCGAAAAAGUAGAAGGCGAAAGUUCGACAGAAGAUACAAAAACAGAUGGCAAAGAUCAACAGGGAGCGUUACCUAAACUAUUUCCAGCUGCCAGAGCCAGACUAAUGUCCUUGAGGGAUCUGGGUGCCAAGAAGAUUGGAACCCUCAAGUUAAAGUUGUCCGAAAGUAGGAUCAAAGCCAAAGAAAAGGAAAGAAUUAAGGAACAAGCCGCCAACUUGGCAGUAAUGGAGCUCCCUGGAAUGUACCCGGAGAUAUUAACUACACCAGCUGGGCCAUAUUUUGUGGUCCAGUACAUGAACGGAAAAUACCUGCUAAGUGCCCUGCACUCUUAUUCCGACACGCUUUCGAUCCACAGCAUGGACAUCAGCUUGAUUCCGUUGCACAUUUAUAAGGUCCCAAAGCAGUGCAAAUCGACCGUUCUGACGAAGAACGUCAUCUACGUCAUGCACCACAUAAACACGGAAUCGGAGAGGACAACCGAGAGCACAAACUCAUCCCCUGAUGACAAUCCGGAGGUUGUUGGAGAUAUUUCCGAGCAACCCCGACGAAACACCGAUAGCAGUAUCGAAAACCUCGGUAGCAGCCAAAGCCAUACGCAGGAUGACGACGCUUCUACGGAGAUCACCAAUACGGAAACGGUGAACGCUGUAUCGGUAGUGAGCUGCCAAAUAGCUGCAGUUAAAAUGGGGGACGACUGUGACUUUAACGACCACGCCAUGUUGGCAUUGUUUCAAUUUGCAGACGAAAAAAUCUUAGAAAUUCAUAGAAUCAGUCCUCUGGGGAAUGGCAAUGAAGCGAAGGAUCCAGACGAACAGCGGUUCAACGCACAAGACGAACCCGGCGAUGUUCGUUCCAUCUUUCAGAAGUCGACCGCAUCCAAUUAUCUUCGAAUGCAGCGGAAUCUUCGAAUGGACAAAAAGUUGGAGACCCACGAAAGUCAAGUAAUGAUCGGUGAGUUCCCCAAGGUAGAGUUCGAUCGAGCAGUGGUCGUUACGGAUAAGAACUUGUACUCAAUCGAACUAAAUGACACGCCGAGGAAUCUGUUUCUUAAGUUGGCACACAGAUCGCUGUGGGCAGCUUGUGAAGAUUUUUGCACCACAUUUGGGCUUCCAUUGGCGACGUGUUUGGAGUAUGCCGCAGAUGUUUUGCUGAAACGACGAAAGAUUACGGAAGCCUUGAUGACGUACAAUGUGGCACGAUUGUCCCCGAUAAAGACGGCUCUGAAGCUAGCCAGCGUGAACGAAAACAGUGCACUGAUGAAGUUGUGUUCGAUUGCGCUGCGAAAUUCGCACAUCAUCAACAGCCAGUUCGUGAUGCACGACGUGAUGAAGAUCCUCGUGGACGAGGCUCAUCUCGGGAAUGUGGUGUAUGAUUCCCUGAUGAACCUCAACGCCAAAGUCUCCCUCAAACCAAUCAACGCUGGACUCCAGUGCAGUGAUUUCUCCUACGAAAACGAAGACGUCUCGUGGGAUGUGCAGAUUUCCACCACGGCCCAGUUUCAUCUCUCCAAUCUGAUGCUGCUCGCCUUGUGCGAGCGUUGCGUCCAGGACAAGAACUACAUCCCACUCUGGAACUUCAUCGUUACCAAUAGCAAGUAUCACACCAGCUUGGCAUGUAUUGUUCUGGCUCAUGGAAAACUCUACUCUUCCGUGGUGCUUCUGGCAAUGGUUCGAGGUACUUGUCUGGAUGUGUUCAGUUGCUUGAUCGGCAUCUGGGAACAAUUGGCUGACAAUCCCGCGGAAAUCAACGCCUACGUCUACAACCUCUCCAACGAGUUGUUCAUGGAAAGUCUCAUCUAUCUGCAAGAGUACACCAUUGAGUACUUCGAAAUGAUCCGCAAGUGCUUGGAAAAGUUCGACAUCAACGUCCUGGAGCGACUCAUCCGUCAGCUGAACCCGUUCCAUCCGAUUUACCGACCGCUGAUGCACAAACUAUCCAACCACGACAGUGGUUCCGGUCGGGAACUGGACAAAAAUAUGUUGCUGUUCUGCAAAACACUGAUCGAAACUUUCCUCGCGGUUUCAAUUCGUGCCCAGAUAUUGAAAAUGCACAGCGGAAGUUUUCUGAAUGCCCUAAAACAUGUGCGCGUUCACUACGACGAGAAACCCGUUGAGAUGCAACUGCAACGAUACUCCCCUCUGUCUGCCGGGUUCUCACACGCUGGCUGUGUGAUGAACCGGGUGGUCUACCUCUGGGGAUCCAAUGGGGUUAAUUGUGCACUCAGUAGGACCACACUGCAGGGCGAUCCACUAGGACCGAACGGAUCACCACCGACGGCAUUUUUCUUGAAGCAGCUUGAUCUUGAGGUGCUGGCAGUGCAGUGCGGCCGGCUGCAUACUGUUCUGUUGACGAAUAAUGGGGUUUACUCGAUGGGUGCAAACAACUUGGGGCAGUUGGGAAUUGGAAAUCACGUGUUGAACGCACUGCAGCCAAUGUUCGUACAAACUUUGGAUGGUAAGAAUAUUACACACAUUAGCGCAGGGCAGUACCACAACGCCGUCGUGGCUAAUGGAUUACUGUACACGUGGGGAUGGGGUAUUUUUGGGCAACUGGGACAUGGUUCCGUAGCAGAUUGUCCUAAACCGAAAGUGGUAGAAUUUUUCCGGAAAAAGAACAUACAACAGAUCGCAUUGGGUCACGCACAUACGCUAGUACUGUGUCGACAGGAAUGUAACACCAAAAAUGUUCUGUACGUGUUCGGAUCCAACCAUUACGGACAGUUGGGUCUCGGUCAAGAGGACAAAUUCAACUUCACCAUCGAUACCCGAAACGGGAAAUCGUUUGUUCUAUCAUUGAUUCCUCGCCGGGUAGACUUCGACGAAGAAAUUCUACUCAUCAACACAAAGCUUUUUGUCAAUUUGGUGCUCACCAAAAGCAACAAGCUGUACACGUGGGGCGCAUCCCCGCAAGCGCUUCGGCUAGCGAAUCAAGCUCGCAAGCGAGCGAAAUCGUCGCACAAAUGUCGUCCGAAUGUUACGGCCGGGCCGUCGAACAGUGCCUCAGUCCCGGAACCGGAAACCAAACCCGACGCCACGGAAACGGAUCCUAAGUCACCAACGUUGCCGAAUGCGACCGAGACGGCCAAAGAACAGCAACAACCAAAGAAUGAAACGGACGAAACACAAACUACCGAAGAAUCGCUGGAACCGAAAACACCGAACGGGGGUCCCAUUCCGGAAAUUAAAAUUGAAGACACCAGUUCCGGGGAGGAGUCAAACACGCCAGAGGCCGACGAAAAGGCAGCCUCGCCGGGGGAAGAAUUCGCCGAACAUUUGUUUCCCAGCGUGGUCGAUACGACACUUGUACAGGAUGAAAUUGUGCGGAUCUCGACCGGUCUAUACCACUGUGCUUUGGUCACCUCGCGCUCGCACAUCUACACCUGGGGCAAAAACAUUGAACGCCAGCUGGGUCGGGAAGGCGGACGCAACGAAAUUCUCAUCCCGACCAAACUGGACACUGUGGCGGGCGUCGAGUACGUCGAAUGUGGGGCCGAUUUCACGCUCAUCAUGACCGAGGACGGCGUUGUUAAAUCCUGGGGUAACAACAAUAUGGGACAAUGUGCCAAGGAGAUUAACCAGGAGCGUAGCGGCGUUCCGGGCAAACUGGUGCGGCUUCCCAUCUCCAACCGACUGGUGCGUAUUCCGGAUAGUUCACAGUUUAUCGAACUGCCACAUGAAAUUAAACUACCUCCGAGCGAUGGAAGUCACGAGCCGGGCCAUCAGAUGCUGCGACUGAUCAAGUCGAUGCCCAAAUUCAGACGAAAUUUUGUGUUGAAGAGUACAUUGGAAAAGGUUAUUAGCAAUAGCAUUUCAACGAUAAGUUCCAGCUUGAACGACAUUAGUAAUACAACGGAAAUGGAUGAUUUCGUGGGCGAGUUGAGGACGGCGUUCGACUGCCGAAUCCAGAACCAGAACGCCAGUACGAUGUCAUCACUGCAAUCGGUUUCGUACGCCACGUCGCCAACUUCGCUGGCCGUUGAUGACGACGAGGAUGAAGAAGGCCUGGAAGAUAUGGACCAGGACGACAGAAGUUUAGAGACAUCGCGCCUGUUCAACGAACGUCAUCUGUUGAGCAACGAUUUCAUUCACUAUUGUUUGUAUAUUUUCCACGGACUGUACGGUCAGGACAACAUCCUGGAGAUGACGAAACGCUGCAACGAGUACCAUAUUCGGAUGAUGAUGCUGAACUAUGACUACGUGGAAGCGUUUCAUCUGAUUCUGGAACUCUUGUCUGGAUCACUGUCUUCGUCGUCACCGCCGGUGACGAUUGCCAAAACUACGAUGAACUUGGUAAAAACCUUCGAAUACUUCACCAAAGACUCCAGCAUCAUCCCGAUGGACACGGCCAACUUCAAGUACUUCAUCUAUGAACUGUUCAUGUUUUUCAUCAAACACAACAUCAACCUGGACGUGCUGGAGGAGUAUUUCUUACGAAAUCUGGAGUACUACCUGGUGCAACUGGCGUUCGUGCUGUAUUUCAGCAACACUAACAACAUCUCAGUGGGACUGCGAAGCAACGUGGACAGCGAAACGUUGGAAAUGGAACGCCGCUUGCUCGAUAAGUUCAACAACAAUGGCAACAAUCUGCUGGCGGCGGAGGCCUUCGGACCAACGUCGCCACAAUCGACGGGGAAGGUGGUCCGCAAGCUGGAAAAUACGGAGGCCAUCAGCAAAGCUCUGUCGACCAAGUUCAGUGUGGUGCUGUGCCAGAAGUUGAUGGAGUACUUCGAGCGGUUCAAAUGACUACCGAUCUUCGAGGAUGACGAUGACGACGAAGAUGAGGACCGACACGAACGGUCCCGUUAGAUUGCUUUAUUUUGCUGACGUGGGAGUGGAAGUCAAGUCAAAGUUUUCGAUUUUAUUUAGUAGCAAUUGUAAAGUACUUACACCUAGACAUCACACAAAUUCGUGUUGUGAGGAUAGCUUUUUUUUUUAAUAUAUUGGAACAACUAGGAAAUAGCUUACCUAUUAUAAUAUAUUUAUUGAGCAAAGCGUUGUGUGUGUGUCGUUAUAUUUUUUUGAUUUAUUGCUAGCGAUAUUUAUUGAUAAUAUAUUCGAAUUGCAUAGGUAUUUGAUACAGGUCUGGAACUGAAGCUCUAAACAGAGCCAUUUUUUGGAAUGCCGUUUGUUUAGUUCCAGUGAAGUUUCUAGGAAGAAAUUAAAAGACUGAAAAUUUUACUGGAAAACUACUAUCACUAACUAUUGAACUAACAUCACAACAUUAUCGUAAUAUUUAGAUUUUUUUGUAUACCUGAGUUUUAAUAAAAGGAUGUCCUCAAUUAACGAGAGACAGUGAGAAUUUACUAUUUUUUUUAUAAUACACUUUGGAUUUUAUACAGGGUUUCGGUCAGUUAAACACAACAGGCAAUUCCUCAUAUCAUAGAUUGCACAUUGCUUGACAAUAAAUGUUUUGGUAUCUAUGUGAAUUUGAGCCAGACAAAUCAAACAACUAAAUAAUCUCGUAAAAGGAUUUAAAAGCAAUGUAAAAAAGAGUUCGGUACAGAUAAAAUUCAAUCGUUUGAUAUAAUGGAAGUGUGGCACCUACUUUUUCUCCGUAUAAAUUGAGUUUGAAUUCCGGGAAUUUGAGAACACCAUCGGUCAACAGAGUGUGCUUCAUCGAUAACAUUGGAACAUAUUUGACUUGGUUUAUUUCAAGCAAAAUGCAUCGACAUUCGUGUAAACCAGAUUAUAAAUAUACGCUUCUACUUUAAUUCAUGUGAACGUAUAAAACCACUCCCGAAAAGAAGUUAAUUGGCAUACUCGUUUCCGCCAAGAAAAUGGGGAACAGAUUCAUACGAAUUUGAAAGCAUUGAUCGUCCGUUAGUGAGAAUGGGGUUGCCAUACCUUCAAUGUACUUCCAUUAUUUCUUUCGAACAUCAUCCCUAUCGAACAUGAACGUCAUAGGUACCGGAUCAGUUAGAUAGAUUUCAUAAAUAAAAUCUAGCAUAUUCAUAUGUGAGUUCAAAUUUAUAUACAGUUAUCAGACCAUUUCAUAUUAGUUUUGCCUUAGAUAGUUUUUAGUUGAAGAAUGAUGCAAUAAAUUCACAUAAUUCGCAAUGAAUAGCUUUUUGUACUGUACGCCUUUGUGAAAUUUUUGUAGCGUUUAAAAAAAAUCGAUCGGAGAUAUUAGUAGAAGUACUUAUGUAAUAUGUAACUCAUCGCCUAGUGCAAAAGUGAUAGAAACAAUGGCAUUAGACUAUUAUUAUUUAGCGAUUAAAAAGGUAUCUCAUUAAUCCCAAAACGUAAAAUAUGAAUUUCACACUCGAAUGCUCCAUUGCAGCAUUGUUCGGUGGAAUAAUUUUAGCUAAAAAACGCAGAAAAUCAUUGAUAUUCGUCACUUAACCAAAACAAGCAUUUGUCAUACCCACUGUGUUGAUUGAAUGAUUAGAAGGCUAAACAAUAUUGUUGGAAUUGUUGCUGAUUACAGCGUUUAAGUGCAGAAUCGAGUCAAACUACUAACAAAGAAUAAAGGAAUGUUUUUUCAUCAUUGA